AUUGCAUUCCUACCCCUCUACACACUCGAUCAAAAAUGAUCAAAUUACAGUUGCACCCCUAUCUCUGUAGCGGAGAACUGCUCUGACCUCUGAAGCUUCCAUGUAGCCUCCAACCAUUUCUUCAUCAGCCGUGUCCCAUUCAACAGGUUAUUCCUCCCUCCCUCCCCCCUCUCCCCCCCCAAAAAAUCCACCAAACCCAUCUCCCCCACCUUCAUUUUCCACAUCCACAGGUUCAGACUCUCCAUCUAUUCCUCUUCAAACCCUAGAAUUCUGCGGUUCGAAGCUCCAGAAAAAUGGAGAAUCUCCAACACUCAAAUCUCCCAAUUCAGGAACAAGUCUUCUCUUCUGAUUAUUCACUCUCGUUUUCUUAUUUUCCUGAGGACGUUCUGCUGUGCAUCCUCUCAUUCCUUUCGCCCUCGGACGUCUCCGCCUUCGCCUGCACCUCGAAGCGAUUCGUGACACUCUGUCGCAGCGACAGCAAGCUCUGGUACGCCAUGUGCGACCGGCGAUGGGGUUGCAAGACCCAGAUCAGGAAAUGGGGUGGCGGUAAGAUCGCCUACAAGCAGCUCUACAGAACCCUCGACGAGUGGGAGAAUUUGAUGGGCUUCUGGCGCCGGAGCGGCCAAGGAAGUCUGCCCGGCGGCGUCACUUCGCCUCCACCUCCGCCCUUGGUGUUCUUCGAGUGGGGUCCAUCCUUCGUCACUGGUUCCAAAGUUUCGCCAUCCAAGUCUGGCACGUAUCAGGUGAUAAAGGCACCAUUUUUGUGGAUGAGUCUCUCGGCGCACGGCGAAGUGGUGAAUUAUCUCGACCCCGAUUGUCGAAUCGACUUGUCUGGGGAUUUUGUGAAUUCAGACCAGUUGGAGUUUUUUGACGCGGAUUUGGUUCCUGUUAGCGUUAGCUUUAUGGGGAAGAGUCAUCUGGUUGUCGAAGAGACUCGAAGCUUUGGUUUUUCGUGUUCCCCCGAGCAAAGAAGAGCUGGGUUUCAGAGGAGUUCGAGCUCAGCAAGUCUGCGGGGAGAGGAUGGGGGCAUUGGGGAAGAUGUGAUUGGGGUAGAGAGUGGAUCGCCUGGAAGUUUGCCGGACCGACUUAUGUCUGAGAUUUAUCAGCACUUUGCGAACAGGACGAGUCCAGGCAGUGAGAGAGCAUCGAGGAGGCAGAGGAAGCGGGAGAAGGAAAGGCAAUGGAGUAGGAAAUGGGAGCUGGAGCAUUAUGUGAAGAUCGAAAAUUGUUCUCCCACACCUUCGCGACCCUUGCAGGGCCUAUGGAAGGGCAUCUGUGAAGGCAUGAACUUGGACUUUUAUCUUGUCGCAUAUGAUGACAUUGGGGGCAUUGCUUGUCGAAGGGUGGGGGACUCGUAUAAACCAUUUUCUGGCUAUUCUCCAGUUUUUUGGACAUCUGACUCGACUUUUCUCGAGUCUCCUUUUUCUCGCGAAGAAGUAUAUCUGUAUGAAAGUCGCAUACAUCUUCAGCCACUUGAAGCUGCAAAUUGCAUUGAUGGUGGGUCUGCUUUGACAGAAAAUGAAGAGGUCUCAGGCAUUCUCUACAUUAAUUCAAGUUAUGAUCUGGUUAUUCCAGAUUUGGCAGGAACUGCAAAUCCUUGGCAUGUGGAGGGAAGGAUUUGGCAGUACAGAAAUGGGACAUUUGGGUUUGGUUUUCUGCGGGACAAUUUCAUCAUAGACCUGAAGCAUAUUGCCCAAAAUGGUUGCCUUCUUGAUACUUCAGUACUUUAUUCUGACUGAAUUUCUAGUUGGGAAUUGUCUUAUGUAUAAAUCAGCUGUGUAGCUGGAUGCCAUCAAUCCAACAUGGCAUUGUGUACCAUAUUAAUCACAAGCUUCACCCAUUCCUUCA